AUGUGCUCAGACCUUCCCUUGCCCUGGCUUUUGAUUGGAGACUUGCUGCUGGAUAGUGACCUCCAGGACUUUUGCUUGGUUACAGCCUGUUUGCACAAUUCUUAUUGCAAUUUAAGGAGCUUGCAAUGGGGUGUGAGGAAAAGUAAAAGACCUGUGUUCUCUCAUCCCCAGGUACCAGCGACAGAGACCAACAGCACUUCAGCUCUCAGGGGGCCCAGGGCUGGUGUCUGCCGAUGUGUCCCUUCGGACAGAAUGCUUGCUGCCAUGAGAGAUCUCCUUCAGUACGCUGCCUGCUUCUUGGCCUUUUCCUCCACUGUGUUUUUGAUCGUGGCCACCUGGACAGACUGUUGGAUGGUGAAUGCAGAUGACUCUCUGGAGGUGAGCUCAAAAUGCCGAGGCCUGUGGUGGGAGUGCGUGACAAAUGCCUUUGAUGGGAUUCGCACUUGUGACGACUAUGACUCAAUCUAUGCAGAGCACCCCUUGAAGCUGGUGGUAACUCGAGCACUGAUGAUUACAGCUGACGUUCUAGCUGCCUUUGGAUUUAUCACUCUGCUCCUUGGUCUUGACUGCGUGAAAUUCCUUCCUGAUGAGCCGUACAUUAAAGUCCGCAUCUGCUUUGUUGCUGGAACCACAUUACUCAUAGCAGGGGCCCCAGGAAUCAUCGGUUCUGUGUGGUAUGCUGUUGAUGUUUAUGUGGAGCGUUCUUCCUUGAUUAUCCACAACAUAUUUCUUGGGAUCCAGUAUAAAUUUGGUUGGUCCUGCUGGCUUGGGAUGGCUGGUUCUCUGUGUUGCUUUUUGGCGGGAUCUUUCCUCACCUGCUGCUUGUGCCUCUUUAAAGAUGUUGGGCCUGAGAGGAGCUAUCUUUAUGCUGUGAGGAAGCCCUAUUCAAUGGCAAGCAUUUCCAGGGCUAAGUCUUACAUGGCCCCUCGGACAGAGACUGCCAAGAUGUAUGCUGUAGACACCAGGGUAUAA